GUACAAAAAAUAAAAAACUCAGUACAGUACGAGACCCUCUCUCUCUCUCUGUUCACAUCAUCUUCACAUGCGAUGUUGGAAAAAAAAUAUUCACAGGCGGUGCCUCGAAAGCGCUUUCCUUUUAUAUACAUUCAUGUAAUGUAAUCUACAGUUUUAUUUAUUUUUAAUCUGAUACCAAAACUUAUGUUAUAUAGUUUGUCACCGGAUUUGAAGGAAUGUGUUUUGUUUCGAUCGGAGAAAAAAAAGGUUGAUUCGAUAAGGAGUUGAAUUGUGUCUCGUUUUGUGAAAACCCCAAAGGAAGUAAUUUUUCUGUGGAUUUUUUAUAUGCUGGCUAUCCUUUCUGCACUCGUGAUACACAUUAAAUGAAAUCUCCAGAUUGCUUGAAGUAUUAUGGUGCAGUUUGAUGUUUGUUUUGGAAGAAAGCUGUAUGUGAUGCCGCUCUUUAACCAGAACAAGUUAUGUGAUUUUUCUAAUAACUGAGAAUAUUUUGAUCAUUAUUGUCAAGGUAUGUUGACUAGUAUUGUGUGGAGCAAACACUGAAUUUGACUUGGAAGCUCAUAGACAUUGCUAAUGAUUACACAUGAGCAAGAUCCUGAUGUUGUCUGGUGGGGUCUCCAGCUUUUUGACAGUGAUCCUUUUCCAAAUUGUGGGUAUUAUGGCAAUAUAACACAAAACAAUGCAGAGUAUUAUCAUGAUCAAUAUUUCAAAGAAGACCAUUAUGAUGUGGGAUGUGGCAAUGUCGAGAAUGAUGAGUUCAUCACACAUGCUUUUCAAGAACUAUCACAACUUUCUGUUGCAGAACAACCUGGUUCCUCUGAUGAAGGGGUCACAGAAUAUUUGCAAGCACCAUUUUACUCGCAUGAUUGGCUUGGCCAAUCGAUGGAAAACUAUAGUUAUGGACAUCAUAAUGGUCAUGAAGAGACAGAUGAUACAGGACCUUCUAGUUCAUGUUCUAGCCCCGGUGGAAAGUCAAACUGUGGGGAAGAAUGGUCAUAUUCACUAGAGCUCAUGGAUGAGCAUGCUUUUGAUGGUGAAGUGGGCAAAAGGUUGAAUGAGAUGGUUCCCAUUCCUCAUGUCCCUAGAACUAAUGGAGAAAUACCUUCCGUUGAUGAAGCAACUUUAGACCAUCAAAGAUUAUUGGACAGAUUGCAGUUAUAUGAUUUGGUGGAGUUUAAGGUUCAUGGAGAUGGAAAUUGUCAGUUUCGUGCUCUAUCAGAUCAGUUUUAUCGCUCUCCUGAGCACCACAAGUUUGUGAGACAACAAAUUGUAAAUCAGCUUGAGUCUUGCCCAGAGAUAUAUGAGGGAUAUGUUCCCAUGGCUUAUGGUGACUAUUUGAAGAAGAUGUCCAAGAAUGGUGAAUGGGGUGAUCAUGUCACUUUGCAGGCUGCUGCAGAUUCUUACGGCAUGAAGAUAUUUGUCAUAACAUCAUUCAAGGACACCUGCUACAUUGAGAUUAUCCCAAAUGUUCAAAGAUCAAAACGAGUUAUUUUCUUGAGUUUUUGGGCUGAGGUGCACUAUAACUCAAUAUAUCCAGAAGGAGAUGUGCCUGCAUUUCGAGAUUAAGAAGAAAAGAUGAUGGGCCUUUCGAGAUAAACAUGUGGAAUCACCAGAUGAAUAUAAUUUACAGAACAGUAAUGUUUAUCACUAGCUUCUGCCUAUCUCAUGUUGCUUUUUAAAAACUUUCUACUAUCUUAUUACUUUAUUUUGCUUGUGAUUUCUUCUGGAGCAGAUUACAAGGACAGAUGCUAUAGUAGAGGCACAAUUUUUACCUGGCUUCCUUGCUUUGGCCUCGUGUAUUAGUGUCUGUCCUUGAUGCAACUCUUAUCUGCAUUCUUUUAAGCUUGUUACUUUUUAAAAAUAUUCUACUGAUAUGCACUAAUAUUCCUAGCUUGCACAUGCAAGUUUUUAUUGAUGCAUGUGCAUGAAUAGUUUUAGUUUUGUUUGGAAGCAGCAUCAUAUGCACCAAUAUGAUCUGUUUCUAUUUUAAAGGUUAGGGCAUGCCCCUCGGGUAAUGGACACAUUCAUAAAUUA